GUGGAAGUUACUGACACGCUCAUUGGCUGUGAGACCUUCAUCUGUAGGAGCGCGUCUUUCGGAGAAACCGGAAGUGGAGUUAUCGAAAGGUAACCAGAAAUGGAGAGAAAAGUAAGAAGAAUCUGCCUUGCUUCUGAACCCAAUAUUAUUCAUUUUCUGCAAGUAUCUUGGGAGAAAACACUAGGAUCUGGUUUUGUUAUUACACUUACUGAUGGUCAGUCUGCAUGGAUUGGGACAGUUUCCGAAUCAGAGAUUUCCCAAGAAGCUGAUGACAUGGCAAUGGAAAAAGAGAAAUAUGUUGAUGAGCUGAGAAAAGCGUUGGUGUCAGAAACAGGGCCAGCUGAUGCAUACAACUUUAAUUUUUCUAAAGAGUCUUGUCACUUCUCCUUCGAGAAAAACCUGAAAGAUGUUUCAUUCAGACUUGGUUCCUUCAACCUAGAGAAAGUUGCAAGCCCAGCUGAGGUCAUUAGAGAACUUAUUUGUUACUGCCUGGACACCAUCACAGAAAACCAAGCCAAAAAUGAGCACCUGCAGAAAGAAAAUGAAAGGCUUCUGAGAGAUUGGAAUGAUAUUGAAGGACGGUUUGAAAAAUGUGUGAGUGCGAAGGAAGCUUUGGAGAUGGAUCUUUAUGAACGAUUUAUUUUGGUGUUGAAUGAGAAGAAAACAAAGAUUCGAACCUUACAGAAAUCAUUAAAUGAAAUUCAAGAACUACAAAAGAACACUGAAUGUGAAAGGGAAACUGCAACCUGUUCUGAAAUGACUGUUGACAGAGAUGCAAUCUAUGAUGAAAGUACUGAUGAGGAAAGUGAAAAUCUGUCUGGUCUCUCUGUGUUGGCUGCAGCCACGGAAAGAAAAGAAGAUUCCAUUAUUUCAAGUCCUGAUGUCAUCGAUAUUGCACCAAGUAGAAAGAGGAGGCAGCGAAUGCUAAAAAAUCUUGGGACAGAACCUAAAAUUGCUCCUCAGGAAUCUCAACUGCAAGAAAAGGAAAAACUUGAUCCUUCACUACCUGAGUCAUUGAAAAAGGAGCACAUUUCAACUGAAAACAUGUCUUUGGAAACGCUAAGGAACAGCAGUCCAGAAGACCUCUUUGAUGAGAUUUAACAGUCUCAAAAAAGUACUUUGAUGUUCACUAGACUAUGUUUUUUAUUCAUUUCUGUAAAAUGAAAAAGCAAAAUUUCAGCUGAGCAGCAGCUAUUACUGAACCUUACAGUUUAAUUACAUACACACUGCGAUGAAACCAUUGUGCAAAAUGGAUUACACAUGUAUGUGAAGAUCAGAUUUGAUGACAGUACAUUAUUCUAAACUAUUCAUUCAACAUGCCUAUAAUUACAUAAAAUCUCAGACGUUUUAUUGCAAAGGACACACUUAUUUCAUUCACUCACACAUAUUAUAUGUGGUUGCUAUCUAACAUCCUGUCUAGGAAGAUUUUGAAAUAGGACAAAGAAAACUUUUUACAAUGUCUGCAGUUCUUUUUGAAUAGUCAUGUUCUCAAUAAUGAUAUUUGAGCAAUUUAAUUUGUGGGAUAAUAUAUAAAACAGUUUAGUUUGUA